AUGGCAAAUAGCCAAAACCCAAUGACCCCCAAACUAUCAUCUCCUUUACAACAUCAGCUACAAAAACUAGCAUAUGAACCUGAAAACAGAAACAUGUUAUUGCCAUCUGAUUUCAACCAGCCUAUAUUAAUGAGGACUUCUGAACGUGGAGGCAUCUUCUUGACUACUGAUGACAACGCUCUUGCUAGGCAAAUUGAGCAGCUCCACAAACCCGAUGCUCGUUAUGUUAAUGUUCGCCCCCUUUUCCAUCUUGUCGAGGAAAUCAUGAACCAUAGUUCCCCAACUGUUGAAAGCCUCUCACGGGAUGAUAGGGAAGCCAAAAGGAGACCUACCCUUAAUGGUCUUGAAGAAGUUCCUGAAUUGCCGCUCAUUGUUGAACGAAUAUCCUCUGAGAUGACAUGCAAAUUACUGAGUGGCAUUGAUGCACACAAUACCACACUCUCGGUGUUGAACAUGCUGCCACACUUUUCAUGGGAAGCCAAGGUCGUCCUAACAUUAGCAGCCUUUGCUUUAACUUUCGGAGACUUUUGGCUCCUCGUCCAACUUUACUCCACCAAUCCACUCGCAAAAUCAAUGGCUCUCAUUAAACGAUUGCCUAUGAUUAUGGAGCAUCCAGGAGCCUACAAAAACCAGUUUGAUACCACUAUUAAUCUAAUCAAUGCCAUGCUUGAAACAACUAGGUGCAUUGUUGAGUUUGGAGAGUUACCCACAGUUUACGUUACUAAUGAGGACCCUGAAGUUAAAGCUGCAAUGAUUCAUUUUCCUAUUGCUGUUUAUUGGAUUAUAAGGAGUGCUGUCGCAGCUGCUACUCAACUUACAACAAUGUCAAGCAGGGGAGUUGAAUACAUUUCAGCCACUGCUGAAUCAUGGGAGCUCUCCAACUGGACACACAAGCUUAAAACUAUAAGUGAUCAUCUCAGGCAAACAUUAUCUAACUUGUAUAGGCUAAUAGAGGAGAAGAAGGAGAUUGAUGCUUACACUAUGAUCAAGAAAAUCAUAUAUGACACAAUGCAUAUCGACAACAUUAAAGUCCUAAAAACCUUGAUUUACGCUGAUGAUGAUGUGCCUCCAUUAUUCGAUGUUCCUGCCAAUAGAAAGGUGCACCUAGAUGUGUUGAGAAGGAAAAAUGUGUUAUUACUCAUAUCUGGUCUAGAUAUCACUCAUGAAGAGCUAUUCAUUCUAGAACAGAGCUAUACUGCGUCAAAGGUACAUGCAUAUGAGAUUGUAUGGAUUCCAGUCGUAGACCAAUCAAGCCAAUGGAAAGACUCCAUGAAUGAUCAAUUUGAGACAUUGAAGGCCUCAAUGCCUUGGUACUCUGUUCAUCAUCCUUCGAUAGUUGGAACUUCAGUUGUAAAGUUUUUUAAAAAUGAUUGGCAUUUUCAUGGAAAGCCCAUCCUUGUCGUGCUCGAUCCUCAAGGGAAAAUUCUGAGUCCAAAUGCCAUUCACAUGAUGUGGAUCUGGCAAAGCCAUGCUUUCCCAUUCACUAGCAUCAGGGAAGAAGCUCUUUGGGAGCAGGAAACAUGGAAACUUGAGCUACUUGUUAAUGCAAUUGACCUGAAAAUUCUAGACUGGAUAAGAGAAGAAAAGUACAUUUUCUUGUAUGGUGGAGAUGACCUUACAUGGAUUAGAAAGUUCACAAAUGAGACACGUGCUGUAGCACGAGCACUGCAAGUUCCGAUUGAAAUGGUGUAUGUAGGAAAGAGUAAUAACAAGGAGUUGGUGCGCAGGGUUUGUGCAGCUAUAACAGUAGAACAGUUAAGCCAUUGCUGGCAAGAUCCAACCAUGGUCUGGUACUUUUGGACAAGAAUUGAAAGCAUGAUCUUCUCAAAGAUCCAACUCGGAAAAGUCCAUGACCAUGGUGAUAUCAUAUUACAAGAGAUCCAAAGACUACAUAGCCAUGAUAAAUCCCAUGCAGGAUGGGCUAUUCUAGCAAAAGGAUCAACAAUUGUGGUCCACGGUCAAGGUAAGCUUGCCUUGAUGACCCUUCAGGAGAUGGAGAAAUGGAAUGAAAUGGCAAGAAGAGAAGGUUUUGAAGUGGGCUAUGGAAGUCAUUACAAGGAACUUCACAUGAAAGAAUAUCCAUGUCACAGGAUUGAGUUCCCCUCCACUGUGAAAAUUCCAAAUAGUAUGCUGUGCCCGGAGUGUCGUCGCCACAUGCACAGGUACCAUUCCUUCAUUUGUUGCCAUGAAGAUUUCACUGCUGCAGCUGAGGUUUCUCCUGCUAUUGCUGCAGCUGCUACUGCUGCUGCCGCGGCUGCUCAGUAUGAGGCCUGAGUCUUAGUUUUAU